AACUCUAUAGGGUCAAUGACCAUUCUCAUAUAUGAAUGUGGUCAUGUGGGUGGUAAAUUGGUUCAAUUCACUCUAGAUAAUGGUGUAGAUGGAUAAUCUUUAUCCUCUUCUACUCCACAUCUAAAUCCCAAUCAUCACCCUACUCUUUUACACAUUUCAAGCUUUAACCACCACUUUCAUGGCGGAUUUACCUCCAUAACCAUCCAUUAAAACCUUCAUUCACACACCCAACAAUGGAGAAACUCCCUUCGAAGAAAACCCAUUUUACGAUUCAAGAAUGGGAGUCCUUAAUCGACGACUUUCAGCAAGGUAAUUCUCAUCGAAUCCAAACUUGGACAUCUUCAAACUCUAUCCUCGACCUUGCUAUAUCUUCUAUCCUCAAAAAAGAUUUACCCAUUUCACUGAAAUCUCAUAUACUAACUUUUCUUGACGAAUUCGCUGAUCAAAUUUUUAAUUUCGAUGGAAAUGAAGAAGUUUUAUCUAAAUUAAUUGAAACCCUAAAAAUUGUGAUUCAAACCCCAAUUGACGGGGUUUCGAUUACUUUGUCGUUAAAAGAGCAGAUUCUUGUUGCUGUUACUUCGAUUUUGAUGACAAUUUUGUCGAUUAGGGUUAGGGUUAGGGUUAGGGUUUAUAAGUCUCAGAUUGAGAAUUUGGUUGCGAUUUUAUUGACUAUUAUUAAUCGGCCUAAUCAUGGAGUCGAUCGGCAAUGUAGAGCUGUUGCUUGUGAGUGUUUAAGGGAAUUGGAGAGAGAAUUUCCUUGUUUAUUAGCGGAAAUUGUUGGACAUUUAUGGGGACUUUGUCAGAAUGAACGAACUCAUGCUUCUCAAAGCUAUAUUCUUUUGCUUUUGGAGGUAAUUCAUAAUAUUGUAGUUUGUAAAUUGAAUGUUGUUUCUGUUUUUAGUACUGCUGUUCCUUUAGUACCUUUUAAUGUUCCGAAUUGGGUGAUUACUGAUGAUGAUGAUAAUGGUGGCGGUGAAAAUUGGGGAGAAGAGGAUAGUGUGCGACUUGGGGUCGAAUUAUCAGGGACGAGUUUGAAGGAGUUGAAGCGGGUGAUGGCGUUUUUGUUGGAGUGGCCUCGAGUUUUGACUCCGUGUGGGAUGUUGGAGUUUAUGUCAAUGCUGAUGCCAUUGGCAAUUGGGUUAGAACUUCAAAGCUCUUUGUUGAAAGUUCAGUUCUCUGGGUUGCUUUAUAACUUUGAUCCUUUGCUUUGGCAUGUUGUUUUGGUGCUUUGGAGGCGGUUUUUGGAUUCGUUUGAUGGGCAGGAAGGUGAUAUUGUUAAGCGUUUGAUGUUUAUUUCAAAGGAAGGACAGCAGCCGUUGGUGUUCCGGUUGCUGGUUCUUCAUUGGUUGUUGGGUUUUGUUGUGUUGGUUUCUAGUAAUGAUUUUGAGAAAAGGAGGUUAAUUGUUGAGAUUGGUUCAAGCUUUUACCCGAAUGUGUACGAUGCACUUGCUUUAAAGUCAUUGAAGCUCGAUUUGCUUGCAUUUUGCUCUGUUAUAAUCGAUGAUGUGAGCAAGGAUGGGUUUACCGGGAAGAUUGUGGUGAAUUACUUCAAGGACGGUCUUAUAAGUGUAGAUGGUUUUAAAUGGUUGCCUCCUUGGAGCAUGGAGACAGCUGUUGCUUUUAGGAGUUUUCAUAAAUUUUUGAUUGGUUCAUCAUCUCAUUUUGAUGCUGAUCCAUCUUCCAGCAAAGCUAUCAUGGAAUCUGCAAUCUUCCGUUCAAUAGAGACGAUGGUUGUGACCUUGCUAUUGGACUACCGGAAGUUGGUACCUUUGGUUGUUGCCUUAAUUGAUCGAUUAUUGAGCUGUCAAAACCACUGCUGUUUGGGGCAAAAGCUACUUCAAACUAUUGACGAGCAUUUACUUUCUAAAGUUGUCAUGAACUAUAGAUUGUCAUCUUAUUUCCUUAUAUUUGAUAGAAUCGGGAAAAAUGAUAUUGUACCUCCUCAAAGACUGCUAGAGUUGCUUAUUAAGUUCUCAAUCUUCCUAGUUGAGAAGCAUGGUCCAGAUACUGGAUUAAAGUCGUGGUCCCAGGGAAGCAAAAUUCUUGGCAUUUGCCGAACACUGCUUUUGCACCACCACAGCUCUCGUUUGUUCAUGGGACUCUCUCGUCUUCUUUCAUUUAUUUCUCUUCAUUUUCCUGAUCUGGAAGUUCGUGAUAAUGCAAGGAUUUACUUACGGAUGUUGAUAUGCAUACCCGGGAAGAAACUCAAGCAUAUGCUGAACCUUGGGGAUCAAUUAGUUGGCAUUUCACCAUCUCCUCAUGCUAGUUUCUUCCAUGUUCACUCUCCUCGGUUUUCCGAAGAUCUUCAGAAAUCCAGAAGUAUUUCAUCUUACAUCCAUCUUGACCGGGUGAUACCACUGCGCAUAAAGCAAUCUUGGUCAUUGGCUUUGCCAGCUUUAGAUUAUGAUGUUGACGUUAAUGCUUAUGUAGAUGGCAUAAAGGAAUGUGAUGCGCAAGUGAAUGGCGAAGGUCCAAGUGGUGAUAAAAGUACCGAGCUUGUCUCCGAUAGUAACAGAAUAGAUCAGCCUCAAGAGCCCCUACGAGUUAUGGAUUCGAAAAUUUCGGGGAUCGUAGACAUACUAAGAAAGCAUUUUUCUUGUAUCCCUGAUUUUAGGCAUAUGUCGGGGAUUAAGAUUAGAAUACCAUGUUCUUUGCGGUUCAUUUCUGAACCAUUUAACCGCAUAUGGGGUACAAGUUCGUCAGAGGGUGGUGUUAAUGAGUUAGAUGCUCGUCCUGCAAUGUAUGGAAUAGUUCUCAAAUUCUCAUCCUCCGCUCCAUACGGUUCUAUACCAUACUAUCAUAUCCCAUUUAUUCUUGGCGAAUCGACAUCUGAGACUCUACCGAACAAAGAAUCUUUAGAGAUUGUCCCUGUGGGAACGUCUUCCAGUGAAAAGUUAGUCUCUGGGUCACCCGUUACCAUUGAGUUAGAACCACGGGAGCCUGUGCCUGGUCUUUUAGAUGUUUCCAUUGAUGCAAAUGCAGAAAACGGGCAGAUUAUACACGGGAAGCUUCACGGAGUUUCGAUUGGCAUAGAAGACAUGUUCCUUAAGGCUAAUGCCCCAUCCGAGAUCUUGCAUGGUGAGUUGCCCGAAUAUUAUUCGACCCUUUUUGAUUCUUUGUGGGAAGUGUGUGGUGCCUCGACCAACGCAGGAAGAGAGACCUUUCCACUAAAAGGCGGGAAGGUGUUUGCAGCAAUCCACGGAACACAAUCAGUCAAGCUCCUCGAAGUUCCUUCAACUUUUGUAAUUCGUGUUGUUGAACGAUACUUGGCCCCAUUCGUUGUCAGUGUGAUCGGUGGACCUCUUGUCGAGGCCGUGAAGGAUGGUGGGUUUAUCAAAGACGUUGCGUGGAUAGAUAUGUUGUCAGAUUCCGAUGAGAAUAACUCAGUUGUGAAUUCCGAUAGAGGUCCAUUGUAUCUAACGUACUCCGAAUAUGAAAACGACAAAGACACUAAGAUUAACAUGGGUAAGACAAACAUGGGAUGCUUUCUUGUGUUAAUAUUCCUACCACCGAGGUAUCAUCUCCUCUUUCGGAUGGAAGUUUCCGAUGUUACCACACUGGUUCGAAUUAGAACUGAUCACUGGCCUUGCUUAGCUUACAUCGACGAUUAUUUGGAAGCUCUUUUUACUUCGUAAAUAAGAUUAGGUUCCGUAUAGAUGGGAUUUUUUCUGUCUCUUUUGAUUGCCUUUGGUUCGGUUCACAAUCGUUUCCCAGAUUGUUUUUAAGUUGGGAAGGUAUUCUUUUUGCAUCAGGAAUAAAAGAUGUACAUAUUCGAGUAUUCGAAGUUGCGCUCAAUCUUAUAAGUGCAUUUUGUACAACAAAUUACACAUCCCUUAUUUGGGAUAUAAUCUUUGUAUUUUGAUGCAUUGUCAUUGAUUUUUUUGGGCAUUAGGCAGAGUAGCAUGUAAAAACUUUUUCAUGUAUCACUUGAAAAAUAUACUCCCUCCAUUACGCAAAAAUAUCCCAUUUACUUUUUAUACUAUUCA